UGCCGGCUGGGUUCUGCAGGCAGUUGGAAGCCGGAGCUGCGGCGCAGGACCGAAGAGGUUAACGCGCAUCUGCCUCCGAAUGUUAAUGUGUCUAGGUGAUGUCAGUGGGAGCCGGGGAAGAAGGGUGGGGAGAGCGGCGGGGAUCGCAGGCGGCGGAGACUGCCGGGCGGCCAGGAAGACCCCUCUUCCGGACUGCGGGGCUCCGGGGGCCCGGGCUCGGGACUGGCGCGGGAGGCUGCGGCAGCCUGCGUGGGCGGACGGGCGCUGGCACCCGCGGCGCGGCGGGAUGGACCUGGAAGCCUCGCUGCUGCCCACCGGCCCCAAUGCCAGCAACACCUCGGAGAGCCCGGAUAACCUCACCGCGGCCGGGCUGCCUCCUCGCACAGGGAGCAUCUCCUACAUCAACAUCAUCAUGCCUUCAGUGUUCGGUACCAUCUGCCUCCUGGGCAUUGUUGGAAACUCCACAGUCAUCUUCGCGGUGGUGAAGAAGUCCAAGCUGCACUGGUUCAGCAAUGUCCCCGACAUCUUCAUCAUCAACCUCUCGGUGGUGGACCUCCUCUUCCUGCUGGGCAUGCCCUUCAUGAUCCACCAGCUCAUGGGCAAUGGGGUCUGGCACUUCGGCGAGACCAUGUGCACCCUCAUCACGGCCAUGGACGCCAACAGUCAGUUCACCAGCACCUACAUCCUGACCGCCAUGGCCAUUGACCGCUACCUGGCCACCGUCCACCCCAUCUCCUCCACCAAGUUCCGGAAGCCCUCUGUGGCCACCUUGGUGAUCUGCCUCCUCUGGGCCCUAUCCUUCAUCAGUAUCACCCCCGUGUGGCUCUAUGCCAGGCUGAUCCCCUUCCCAGGGGGCACCGUGGGCUGCGGCAUCCGCCUGCCCAACCCAGACACUGACCUCUACUGGUUCACCCUGUACCAGUUUUUCCUGGCCUUUGCCCUGCCCUUCGUGGUCAUCACGGCCGCCUAUGUGAGGAUCCUGCAGCGCAUGACAUCCUCCGUGGCCCCCGCGUCUCAACGCAGCAUCCGGCUGCGGACAAAGAGGGUGACCCGCACGGCCAUCGCCAUCUGCCUGGUCUUCUUCGUGUGCUGGGCGCCCUACUACGUGCUUCAGCUGACCCAGCUAUCCCUCAGCCGCCCGACGCUCACUUUUGUCUAUCUGUACAACGCAGCCAUCAGCUUGGGCUAUGCCAACAGCUGCCUCAAUCCCUUUGUGUACAUCGUGCUCUGUGAAACGUUCCGGAAACGCCUGGUCCUGUCGGUGAAGCCUGCUGCCCAGGGGCAGCUCCGCGCCGUCAGCAAUGCCCAGACAGCUGAUGAGGAGAGGACAGAAAGCAAGGGCGCCUGACGCUUCCCCCGCCACCCUGGGCACCUCCGCGUCAGGACUCCACAGGAGACCAUGGGAGAGACGCUGAGAGCAACCCAAGACUGCUCUGGGAGGUUGUAGGCAGGCGGGGUGGGGAGCGGUGGUCACAGACCACUGGGGAGGCUUGGCGCCAGGUUUGGGGGCUCCAAGCACCAGGAAUCUCCUUCCGAGAGCUGGAUGGACCUUCGGGUUGAACAGACACUGAGCAGGAAGACUGGUUUAAGUGUUCACUACACCUGCUAGCUCCCAAAUGUCUUUUUUCCCAAGAGGAGAAGUAGAAGGCUUCUGGCCAGAUUUGUUUAAGAUCAGGCAGGGCUCGGGUGUGCGCAGUGGUACGGCACAGGGCCCUGGGGAGAUGGGAGAGGUGAUAGAGCCUCAACGCCCUUUCCUCUCUCUCAUGGGUAGGAUGGAAGGCAGCCUUUCUCCCAAGCUGGAGGAUGAUGAAGAAUAAAGCAUGCGGGCUCUCUGGA